ACACAUAAACUUUGAACUUAAACAAAGACUUAACUCUGUUCGUGUUGCUGUACUGCUGCAGCUGUUGACAAGCCUCUCUCCCUGAGCUGAGAGUCAUUUUCUUCACGACACAGGUGAGUGUAUCUUGAAUUAAUAAUACAAAAAGUAAAUGCAUACAUAAAUUAAUCAUCUUUUUAUGUAAUAACUAGUCUGUCUUGCUCUUUUUAGUAUUUUUUGCCAUAUUUUAUUUGUUUUGGAGGGGAUUCUUAUCAUGGAGUUGAGAUUUUUUUACUGUCAUCAACAGAGUCUCACAUCUUUUUAUCCAGCUGUGACAACACUGUGAAUUCUUCUCUUAGCAGAGGAGACGUCUUCUCUUAGUCAUGAUGAAGAGCUCUGUGGUGUUCCUCCUGGCAGUCGGCUUUGCCAUGUUUGGAUUUGGUAAGAAAAAAAAGUGGAUUAAAGAAGGAUUUGGCGGCUUUUAUCACUGCUGCCUUUGUUCUUGAAAAGUGAAUCCAAGAGGGGCUAAAUUACAGAGAUGACAUGUUGCACAAAGAGGAGACAGACCAGCCUGGGGGCAUGUUUGUGCAGUUUACAUGUUCUGCUGCUGUGUAACAAGCUUCUAACACACAUUUGCAGAGCCAAGAGAAAUGUUUACCUGAACAAGGUGGUCUGCUUGUUUUUGCAGGCCUCUCUCUGCAGUGCUAUUCCUGCCCUGGUGGCUCUUCCAGCGACUGUGAAGUCAAACAGGAGUGUAAUGGAGGUGAAGACAGCUGCCUCAAACUCACCAGUGGUGGUAAGCUGUGGUAAAAUCUUCAAACUGAGGGGUUAAUAUUCUGCUAGAAUAAAUGGAUUUGAGAAGUGGACUUAUGCUGUGUAAAAAAAGCUCCAUCAGACUGAUACUGGGCUACAUGUUCUGCUCGUGUGUCAGAGUUUGCACACUGGACUUUGACCCUGAUUAGAAAAUAUCAAUGUGUUGCUAGAAAGUAGUAAACAAACCCCUGACUGUAGAAGAAAGGAUGUAAAAUAACAAAGUUGUCGAAUCGUACCUACGAUUAGUGACUGUGUUUUAAUCACUGGCCACUUGCGAAUGCAUUUGUCGAUUGUUUUGGUACGUGGAAUGCGCAAGUUUCCUGGUUUUAUGAUCAGCAGCAUGUUCUUGUUAAAGUUGCAGUCACUUCAGCUUUUGCUUUAUAUAGUUUUUAUUUGUUGCACGUGUCUGUUUUGGACUCAUAUGAAACAGAUUGCCAGUAAAUUUAGACUUGUUGGUCUCCAGAGAAUCAAGUUUCAUUGGUUUUGGUUCUUGGAUGAAACCCAUCAAACUACAGAUUUUAUUUUAUUAGAGAGGAGUAUAGCAAACAUUAUAAAUAUAGAUGUGUGAAGGGUAUAGACAAUAACAAAAUAUAGUGAUUUGUUUUCUCCCACUGUCUCCUACAGAUGACACCUACACUACAUGUAUGAGGUACGCAGACUGUGACCUCAUGACUCUGGGCGUCAGAUAUCCCCUUCCUGACUUCACCUUCUCCUGCUGUCAGUCAAAACUCUGCAAUGGCCCAGAAAAAAGUGCGUUUCAGAAAUUUAAGGAUUUUUUUGGUUGAGAAAUAAAUAAAGGGAAGAAAACUAAA